AAAACAUCCAACAACUUCCUCACCAUCAACCACAACCUCAACUCUCCUCGAUCCAUAACACACACCUACGAACAAGCACAUCACAACCUCAAUCAUGUCUGUUCAACCAAAGGACACCACCGAUGCGAAGGAGUUUGGCAGCAAGACCAUGACUCCAGAGGUCACCUGGGCGCAACGCUCCAGCAAGACCGAAGCCGAGAAGAACCACAUUUUCCUCACCAUCGCCGUCGUCGACGUAGAUCCCAAGAAGAUCAAGCUCGACAUUCAGCCCACAAGCCUCACCUUCACCGGCUACAGCGAGUCGAAGAAGGCCGACUACGCUGUCAAGCUCGAAUUCUACGCCGAGAUCGACCCGUCCGCAUCCAAGAUCAACCACUCCCCACGUGCCGUCGAGCUGGUGUUGCAGAAGAAGGAGUUGGCAGAGGAGUACUGGCCUCGCUUGCUCAAGGACUCGAAGAAGGUGCACUUCCUCAAAACGGAUUUCGACCGCUGGGUGGACGAGGACGAGCAAGAUGCUGUCGGUGAGGAGGACGACUACAUGAGUAAGAUGGGUGGCAUGCCAGGUGGUAUGGGUGGUGGCAUGCCAGGUAUGGGCGGCAUGGGCGGUAUGGGCGGAGAUGGUGGCUUCGGUGGCAUCGACUUCUCCAAGCUUGGAGGCAUGGGCGGCAUGGGUGGCAUGGACAUGAGCGGCAUGGGUGGUGACGAUGACGAAGGCGACGACGAUGAUGAUGAGGACAUGCCCGAGCUAGAAGGUGACGCCAGCGCCGCCGCUGCUGGAGGAAGCGACAAGAAGAUCGAAGAGGUCGAGUAG